UCUACACACAAAUACAAUGUCUAUUACAUGGUGAUUAGGAAGUAAUAAACUAGCUAAAAUAACAGUGAGAAAAAAAAACACAAGAUUGACGGUCUACCAUUGCUGUCGUAACCAAGCAAUAGCCUCUUGUUCCGAUAUCUUAGCAAAAGAAUUGGGUGCUGAUGAAAAGGGAACUACAUUCUGUUGCUGCUGCUGUGGUGCUUGUAUGGGAUGAGACGAGAAUGCUGCUGUCCUUGCUGCUUGUUCUUGUUGCUGUUGUUGUUGAAGUUCUUUGUACAAUGCUUCUCGUUCUUUUUCCAACUUUUCUUCAUUUUCCUUUUCCUGACGUUUCCUUUCUCUUUCUUCGUGUUCUAUUCUUUCCAUUUCUUGUUCCUUUUUCAACUGAAUCAAUCAAAAAAAAAAGUAAAUUUAGUGCAUUGUGUCUUCAUUGGCUUGGUUAUACUUACCACCCAUUGAUGCUUUGUCUUGUAAUUAGAAAGACGAUGUUUCAAUUCAUUCAAACGUUGCUUUCGAUCUUUUAAUGCUGGUACGCUGGGACAAGUGGUAGCCAUCGUUGUUCAAAAAAAAA